AUGUUCCCAGAUCACCCUAUGAAAUACAAACGAGUUAGAAAAGAGCCAGUCAACAUGGAAGAACCAACCAGCACAGUACAAGCACCAGCAUCAUUGCUGAAGGGCAAGUGCAAACACACUAAUAGUGUGGUAGAAGUCCGGAAAGCAUCAAAUGCAAGCAAAGUUCAACCAUCAGAGGCACUGCAUCAGUGUGAAGUCAAGAAGGUCAAGUUAAUGCCUAAGCUUAGCAGGACUUAUUCUGCACCAAAUCCACUUCGAAUCUCCAGCAGCACGUGCAGCAAUCCCAAGGUCAAGGAUGGUACUGCUGAAUCAGAUCCUGGAGACCUAGAUGAAGAUGGUGAAGACUGUGAUGAACAAGAUAGCCUGGAUGAUGAGGAUGAGGAUGAAGAACUUGCAGAUCUCGCUAUUGAAAAUUUUGGUGAAGAAAAGAGUACAUCAAAUCAAGUCAACACGGCACUUGAUGAUGAGUCAGAGGAUGAAGACUCAAUGGGGCUCGAGAAAGCAACUAAAAUUCGCAAGUCAAAGAGUACUACACGAGAGAAGAAACUCCAGGAUGAGAUGCCACAUUUCGCUGAUGACACAGAGCAGAAGCCUCUUACUGCACUCGCAGUCAAUUCAGGUGCCUCAGAUACUGCGAGCCUCAAUGGAACUACCAGUGUGUGGUUGCCAGACACGGAUCUACAGUUAGAGAAGGUCUGCAAGGUCAUUCGUGGAAGCUAUGAACAAGGACAGCGCAUGUUUUCAUGUGGCCUGGAGGAUGAUGUUGAUCUCACCAUUGACAAUGUCUUUGCAAUGACCACUGCAUUUGCAACUUGUGGUACUGAGACACUGGCCUAUGAAGCUCUCGUUGAGUCAGCUGAUCAUGAAGGUUAUACUGGGGACAAUGACAUGGCUGAAUGCCUUCUUAGUGACUCAUGGGCUCAGUAUGCCAAGCUGCUCAUAGAUUAUACUACACGCCGCAUUCACCUCUGCCACAAUCAGUUUAAGAAGGCAGUCAGUGUAGUUGUCACAAGUGUUCUCAAUCUUGUGACCAAUUUCACAGCUCAGAACUUGUUGCUCUUAGAAGACAUCAACUAUAUCUACCCUUGUGUUGCUACUGCAGUUGAAGCUUGUAUCCUGGACUUUACCAUUGGAAAGAGCAGCAAAUUUGUCAGUCCGAGUCACGACAACAUGUUCCAAGCACACAUGCUCCUCCUCACUAUGAAGCAAAAGAAGCUGCUUGAGUAUCACAAGCUAACUCGUGGUAUCUAUUGUGCUGUUAUUGGCAUGCGCAGUGUUGGGUCUGCCCGACUUUUGAAAGAGCAAAUCAUUGUGCAGGUUGACUGGGCCAACAUGGGCAGUGAGUCUGAUUAG